AGUAUUGUAUGUACUUAAUUGCUUGUAUCGUAAUAUAAAAAUAGCCAGGCAGCUAAGUACCUAAUUGCAUUAAUAUUAUCAUAAUACAUCGGAGUUAAGAUACUAGCUCUGUUUGAAAAAGAAAAUAAUACGGAAUUUCGGUGGAUACUUGGGUAUCUAAUCCUGUACGAGGUAAAACUUAGGUUAUAGAUGAGAUGGUUAAGGACAAUUUAAAAAACUAUUGAGUAUUGAUCACAGUAAAAGUUGAAAGCGACGUAUAGUGCGCGGAUGCGCGUGCGGUGUGCGGAGUAUUGAACCGUGGACAUGGAAGAUUCAAGAUCGCCAGGAGUAAUAAUAGUGGGUGCAGGAGCAGCCGGUAUUGCCACAGCAACCCGUUUAUUACGAAAUGACUUUUCGAAUUUUAUCAUUUUGGAAGCUCAAGAUAGAAUCGGUGGAAGAGUUUUCAGCAAAAAAUUUGGGAAUGGUAUGGUAGAUUUAGGAGCCCAAUGGUGUCAUGGAGAAGAAAGAAAUAUAGUCUAUGAUUUGAUAAAAGAUUACGACGUAUUAAAGCACGAUUCGUCACAGUUUUUGCCGUUUCAGUUACAAUAUUCUCAAACACAUUUCAAAGGAAUUAACGAGUCGGUUAACGCAGAAUUGACCGAAUUAUUUUUUCAAAUAUACGAACAGGCUCAGGAUACUGUGGAAAUAACUAGUAUGGGUGAUUAUUUUUCGAAAUAGUAAGUACGCAUUACUAUUUUGGUUAAAAGAUACAUAGACACUAUUUUAUAUUAUUUAAUAAAAAAACGUUUUCCCAACUACU